AUUGUGGGACAUCAAAACACACGAAUGUUUACGCAAUUUUUGGAGGACUCUAGUCGGCAAAAUCACUAGAACUUGGCGUAAAUCUUAAUUAAAAUGUUGGCCACAUGUGAAAAGUUCCGGCCCUUGCUUACGGGCUUAUUGCGAGGGCAAUAUGGUCAACAGAUUGCCGGCAUGAAGUUUUUCGCACCUCCGAUCAAAUACGAUAAUAUUGAAAUGCCAGAACGGCCUAAGCUCCGUUUUAUGGACAAAGUGCCGAUACUACCGAGCAACUUGCGUGCGCCCAAAAUGCAGAAGAAAUUGAAAUGGAUGCGUGGCCCCGAGACUGUUCACAACUCACUGGUUCACAAACAGUACGGUAUCAUUGCGACCGGCGGUGGACGGUUACGGUGGGGUCACUUCGAAAUGUUGCGACUUACGAUCGGUCGAAAAAUGGAUACAAGCCGAAUGUUUUCCAUUUGGCGCGUAGAAGCGCCUUGGCAGCCGGUCACCAAGAAGGGUCAAGGGCAACGCAUGGGUGGCGGUAAAGGUGCCAUCGAUCACUACGUAACCCCGGUAAAGAGCGGCAGAGUGAUUGUAGAACUGGCCGGAGAGUUAGAGUUUGUUGAAGCGAAGAAAAUCCUGGACAUUGUGUGCCCCAAGUUACCGUUCAAGGCGAUGGUAGUGUCGCAGGAAAUGUUAGACAAGAUGAAGGCAGAGGAAGAGCGUCUUGAGCGGGAGAAUCUAAAUCCAUGGAACUUUAAGUACAUCGUUCAAAAUAAUCUGGGAGGGUGCCAUCGAUGGCUUUCACCGGUUGACCAUAAAUGGUUCGGAAAGUAUGUGUAAUUAGGAGAAUCGUGUAAUAAAUCAUACAGUAGACGAUUUAUGUUUUACA